GUAACUGUGCCGAUGUUUAAUAGUGAUGAGUUGAAGGCUUCUGCCAUGUUCUGUAAAUCCACAGUAAAAAUGCCCAUUCCAGUAAAAUUGCAACUAACAACUCCAGAGAAAGUAGAAACCCCUCUCAAGGAAGAUGUAAAAGAACCAGUUGAGGUGAAUAUGCAAGUACCAGUCAAACUGAACAUGGAAAUACCGUCUAAGGCAAACGAGGAUGUGUUGUCCAAGGCAAAUGUGAAUGUACCACUCAAGAUGAACACGGAAGACACCGCUGAAGUUAAUGUGGAUGUUUCCCCCAAGGUGAAUAUUGAAGUUCCCAUUGAGGCUACCAUAGAAGGGCAUCCUAAGUCAAAUGUGGAAGAACUCCCCAUGGUGAGCAUGGAUGCCUCUCCAAGUGUUGGAUCAUACCCCAUUGUCAUCAUGGAGUCAUCCCCUAUUGAGAGUGUGGGAUCAUCCUCCUUAGUGAAUGUAGAAAUAUCUCCUGUGGUAAGCAUUGAUGCCUCACCUGAGGCAAGCGUAGAUACCUCACCAGAAUUAUGUAUGGACUCAGCAAGCUUGGAAAUGCCCUCAGAAGCAAACAUAGAAACACCCCUUAAAGCCAGCGGGAAAUUACAGCUUGAGGCAAGUGUGGAAGCACACCCUGAGGCAAAUGUUGAAGCAUCA